CCACCACCAGCUCCACCACCACCAGCUCCACCAUCACCAGUUCCACCACCACCAGCUCCAGCACCACCACCAGUUCCACCACCACCACCAGCUCCACCAACACCAGCUCCACCAUCACCACCAGCUCCACCAUCACCACCACCAGCUCCACCAUCACAACCACCAGCUCCACCAUCACCACCAGCUCCACCAUCACCAGCUCCACCUUCACCAGCUCCACCAUCACCACCACCAGCUCCACCACCACCACCAGCUCCACCAUCACCAGCUCCACCACCACCACCAGCUCCACCACCACCUCCACCAUCACCACCACCAGCUCCACCAUCACCAGCUCCACCACCACCAGCUCCACCAUCACCACCACCAGCUCCAGCACCACCACCAGUUCCACCACCACCACCAGCUCCACCAUCACCAGCUCCACCAUCACCAGCUCCACCAUCACCACCACCAGCUCCACCACCACCAGCUCCACCACCACCAGCUCCACCAUCACCAGUUCCACCACCACCAGCUCCACCAUCACCACCACCAGCUCCACCAUCACCAGUUCCACCACCAGCAGCUCCACCAUCAUCACCACCAGCUCCACCAUCACCAGUUCCACCACCACCAGCUCCACCACCACCAACUCCACCAUCACCAGCUCCACCACCACCAGCUCCACCAUCACCACCACCAGCUCCACCAUCACCAGCUCCACCACCACCAGCUCCACCACCACCAGCUCCACCAUCACCAGUUCCACCACCACCAGCUCCAGCACCACCACCAGUUCCACCACCACCACCAGCUCCACCAUCACCAGCUCCACCAUCACCACCACCAGCUCCACCAUCACCAGCUCCACCACCACCAGCUCCACCACCACCAGCUCCACCAUCACCAGUUCCACCACCACCAGCUCCACCAUCACCACCACCAGCUCCACCAUCACCAGCUCCACCAUCACCACCACCAGCUCCACCAUCACCAGCUCCACCACCACCAGCUCCACCACCACCAGCUCCACCAUCACCAGUUCCACCACCACCAGCUCCACCAUCACCACCACCAGCUCCACCAUCACCAUCACCACCAGCUCCACCACCACCAGCUCCACCAUCACCAGCUCCACCACCACCAGCUCCACCAUCACUAGCUCCACCAUCACCACCACCAGCUCCAGCACCACCACCAGCUCCACCAUCACCACCACCAGCUCCACCAUCACCAGCUCCACCACCACCAGCUCCACCAUCACCACCACCAGCUCCAGCACCACCACCAGUUCCACCACCACCACCAGCUCCACCAUCACCAGCUCCACCAUCACCAGCUCCACCAUCACCACCACCAGCUCCACCACCACCAGCUCCACCACCACCAGCUCCACCAUCACCAGUUCCACCACCACCAGCUCCACCAUCACCACCACCAGCUCCACCAUCACCAGCACCACCACCACCAGCUCCACCAUCACCAGCUCCACCAUCACCACCACCAGCUCCACCAUCACCAGCUCCACCACCACCAGCUCCACCACCACCAGCUCCACCAUCACCAGUUCCACCACCACCAGCUCCACCAUCACCACCACCAGCUCCACCAUCACCAGCUCCACCAUCACCACCACCAGCUCCACCAUCACCAGCUCCACCACCACCAGCUCCACCACCACCAGCUCCACCAUCACCAGUUCCACCUCCACCACCACCACCAGCUCCACCAUCACCAGCUCCACCAUCACCACCACCAGCUCCACCACCACCAACUCCACCAUCACCAGUUCCACCACCACCAGCUCCACCACCACCACCAGCUCCACCACCACCAGCUCCACCAUCACUAGCUCCACCAUCACCACCACCAGCUCCAGCACCACCACCAGCUCCACCAUCACCACCACCAGCUCCACCAUCACCAGCUCCACCACCACCAGCUCCACCACCACCAGCUCCACCAUCACCAGCUCCACCAUCACCACCACCAGCUCCAGCACCAUCACCAGCUCCACCAUCACCACCACCAGCUCCACCAUCACCAGCUCCACCACCACCAGCUCCACCAUCACCACCACCAGCUCCACCAUCACCAGCUCCACCACCACCAGCUCCACCACCACCAGCUCCACCACCACCAGUUCCACCACCACCAGCUCCACCAUCACCACCACCAGCUCCACCAUCACCAGUUCCACCACCACCAGCUCCACCAUCACCACCAUCACCAGUUCCACCACCACCAGCUCCACCACCACCAGCUCCACCACCACCAGCUCCACCAUCACCAGUUCCACCACCACCAGCUCCACCAUCACCACCACCACCAUCACCAGCUCCACCAUCACCACCACCAGCUCCACCAUCACCAGCUCCACCACCACCAGCUCCACCAUCACCACCACCAGCUCCACCAUCACCAGCUCCACCACCACCAGCUCCACCACCACCAGCUCCACCAUCACCAGUUCCACCACCACCAGCUCCACCAUCACCACCACCAGCUCCACCAUCACCAGUUCCACCACCACCAGCUCCACCAUCAUCACCACCAGCUCCACCACCACCACCAGCUCCACCAUCACCAGUUCCACCACCACCAGCUCCACCACCACCACCAGUUCCACCACCACCACCAGCUCCACCACCACCAGCUCCACCAUCACCACCACCAGCUGCAGCACCACCACCAGUUCCACCACCACCACCAGCUCCACCAUCACCAGCUCCACCAUCACCACCACCAGCUCCACCACCACCAGCUCCACCAUCACCACCACCAGCUCCAGCACCACCACCAGUUCCUCCACCACCACCAGCUCCACCAUCACCAGCUCCACCAUCACCACCACCAGCUCCACCACCACCACCAGCUCCACCA